UGUAAUUGGGCGGCUGGCAUUAGGAAGUGGUGAGCUGUCUGUUGACAGCUUUUUGCUCAGUAAGAUGGUGUAACAUCAUAAUAAUGGUGAAGUAUUGAUACUACGGCGGGCUGCUGCACUCCACAGUUGUGUUGUCCUCAAACGUGGUGGGAUUUAAGUUUACCUGCAGCCUGCCUGUCAGAGAUGGAUUGUGGAGAGGAAGUGCGAGUGGAAACUGCCCCAUACUGCUGCUCCACUUGUGACGGAGGGGAGGUUACCGGACACUGCCUGGUUCUACAGAACAGGAAAACCCGCAGCCUGAGCACCUCCUCAGCAGGCUGCUCUUCUGAAUACAGGAGAACGCAGUCACUUCAUGGACCAAGCCCUGUGACUACAUUUGGCCCAAAGGCAUGCAUGCUUCAGAAUCCACACGCAGUGAUGCACAUUCAGGAUCCCGCCAGCCAAAGACUAACAUGGAACAAGCCACCAAGAAGUGUCCUUGUCAUCAAAAAGAUACGAGAUGCCAGUCUACUCGAGCCCUUCAAAGAGCUCUGCAUUUUCCUCACUGAGGUGAAAAACAUGGCUGUUUACGUGGAACAGAAAGUUCUUGAGGACCCAGCUAUUUCAGGUGAUGAAAACUUUGGAGCCAUUACAAAGAAAUUCUGCACUUUCAGAGAAGAUCUUGACGACAUCUCAAACCGAGUUGACUUCAUCAUCUGUCUUGGUGGAGAUGGGACUUUGCUGUACGCGUCCUCACUCUUCCAGGAGAGCGUUCCACCAGUUAUGGCCUUCCACCUGGGGUCCUUGGGCUUUUUGACACCUUUGAAGUUUGACACCUACCAGUCUCAGGUCACACAAAUUAUUGAAGGUAAUACUGCCAUUGUCCUGCGAAGUCGCUUGAAAGUCCGAGUAUUUAAAGAGAACUGGGAUAAGAAGGCCAGAGUGGAUGAGAAUGGAAUCAUCCUGACCAACGGGGACAUGGACAGUUGUCGAAAACCUCUACAGUAUCAGGUUCUUAACGAGGUGGUGGUGGACAGAGGUCCCUCCUCAUAUCUCUCCAAUGUUGACCUCUUCCUCGAUGGACACCUCAUUACGACAGUGCAGGGAGAUGGUGUGAUCGUCUCUACACCUACAGGAAGUACAGCAUAUGCAGUUGCAGCAGGUGCUUCCAUGAUCCAUCCCAACGUCCCUGCAAUUAUGAUCACUCCCAUCUGCCCACACUCGCUCUCCUUCAGACCCAUAGUGGUGCCUGCUGGAGUGGAGCUCAAGAUAAUGCUGUCCCGUGAUGCCAGAAACACAGCCUGGGUGUCAUUCGAUGGAAGGAAAAGACAAGAGAUCUGCCAUGGAGACAGUAUUACCAUCACUACUUCCUGCUUCCCCGUUCCCUCCAUCUGUUUCCGGGAUCCAGUGAACGACUGGUUUGAAAGCCUCGCCCAGUGUUUACACUGGAACGUGAGAAAGAAGCAGAACUACCUUGAAGAGGAAUUCUGAGGACUUGUCCAUGAUGUUCUCCGAGGUCCCCGGGACUCCCAAGCCUUCGUUUAAGCCCGACCACUGUUUGCCAUUUAGUCUUUUUAUGGAUGAAAGGUGUGUCUAAACUCUAUUCAGAUAAGUCUAUCAUUGUAAUGCUACUCUUUGUUUACUUCAAAUAUUCAAAUUAACACUUUGAUUUAGAAAAAAUCGAUAUAUAAAUAUAUAUUUAAUUAAACUUGGACAAACUGCACUUUUGCUCUUGCCGUCAAUUUUCUUCUCAGGUCUUAUCUAUGUGAGGAUAAUGAUUUAAAUGUAAUGGUCAAAUAAGAUAAUUAGUCAUGAAUAAAUAACUGACUAAUGAAUAUCAAAGCGACAUUCUGAAGUCAAACAUUACAUUCAUCAAAUGAUCAAACCUUUUGAUCAGAAUUUAACUCUUCAAUGAUUCUUGAAAAGAACAUGUUCUGUUUAAAACAUUAUUAUUAUAACACUUCAGAAUCCAUUCCUAAUUGCACAGCGCACAGACACAAGGACGAGUGUUUACUUUUUUAAAGGUCUUCAAGGCUACGAACUGAGCUCUACCUAUCAACCAAACUAACUAGCUAGGUUGGCGUGUUAGUUUCAGUUAGUACAUAGUUCUUUGUACUCUGUAAAUAUAGCAAACUGUAAAUGAAAAGCAGGUACUAACACCAGCAGCAUGAUGGUUAGUUAAUAGAGGGAAGCCGAUACUGAUGUUUAAAAUGACAAUUUAUCCGAUUGCUGAUUCAGUUCGGUGUAAUAGAUGCCAGCAUUAAAUUGAUUUGAUAACUUUGAAAAUUGCAUUUCAAAAUAAAAAUCUAUAAUCAAAACAACAACAAAAAAAAGUUACUCGGAUUGGAUCAAAUCAUCAACAUUAUAUAUGAUUCAAUAAUGUAUUGUUUACUUUCAGUAGGCUGACUGUUCAGAAUUGAGCAUGACAUUGAUCAAAUUAUUGACAAAUAUAAAUGAGCUGGUAUGUUGUAAGUUUUAAGCAUUAUUAAGUAUUUCCCAAACCCCCUAAAACAUAUCAUUUUCUAAUGUGUGCACAUAUCAAAGUGUUGGCUUAUUGAAUGGAGUUUGGAUCUUCUCUUUGUCCAGGAGUCUCUGUGUGUUUUUUUUUUUUGUUCUUUUUGCUAUUCAAAUGUAAUCAUAUGGAUUCAAAAUGCAGCUUGACGAGAGAGAGAGAAAAACCACCACACAGAGAAGCAAGGCUUGGGAUGAUGGUGGACAUAAAUGGUCACAUGUAGAAGACAGAUGUUGUGAUACACUUGAUGGAUGUUAUCAGAUCUGUUCAAAGCACUUUCUAAUCUUUAAGAUGAAUGGCAGGGACACAUCGACUACUUUACAAGCAACAGAAGCUUGUUUCCUUCAUGAGCUGUGUUGCAGUUCUCUUGAAAACGUUUUUAUAAUCUGAUCUGUCAAACUUUCCCAGAUGUUGUUAGUGAAAUCAGGAAUUACUGACGGUUUACCAUCGACAAAUGAUAGAUGUUAUUUUACGACAUUUUUUUAAGUCCAUUAUGAGGAAGAGCAAAUUCACAGUACAUCUACUUAGCAAUAGUGGCCCCACUGUACAGACUGUGCCUUAUACAUUGGUAUAAUUAACACAAAGAAACACUGAUUUUCCAGCUUUACAUUGUACUUUUUUACAAUUACACACGUGCUAAUCUGUGAUUUUUUGUAUCUCCAUUGUAACUUCAUGUUGAUUGUUGUCUUUGCUGUGUGAGGCACAUGACACUCGACUAACUGAGUCGUGAAGGAAGUUCUGCAGUUUCUCUUUUGUCAACACUUUUCAAGGAUAUCACAUGUUACCACUCAUUCCAGGCAAAGAGACCACAGAUCCGAUGUCUUAAGCAUCUUUUAAAUGACCGUUAUUUAAAAUUUCCUUUAAGCCAUAUCUUAACUCUUUGUAGGUUUUAUAAACUAAUGUAUGUAUUCUUUAAUUGAGUUCAUGAUAUUAGUGUUUAAGUGAAAGACUGGAUUUAUUAAGCGACUUUAUGCAGCCCUUCUAAUCAGCUGGCAACACGUCUGUCACUGGGCGGUCUUUACUGAAUACUAUAAGGGGGGCUUACCUUACAUAUCUAAUCAUAUAUUUAGUCGAGAUGUUAAUAUAUAGAUUAUGAUUUGGCUUUAAAAAAGUGAUGUAAGGAUAAACAGAUGUGUCACCUGUUGUUUUUCUCAAAAGGACCAACUGAAAGGCAAUCAUUCCUUGAACUGAUUUUGUACAUGUAUUGUAACCCCUUGAAUAAAAAAAAUGUAUUUUGUAAAGUCUAUGUUAGCCAGUUUACAAUGCAUCAUUGCUGAAAAUAAAUCUUUUGCUACUUUUUAA